UGGAUCGUGACGAUGAUGUUUGCCGCCGCUGCUGCUGUUCGUGUGCAAGGUCGUCGUACCGCGACGGCUUACGCCUUUCGUUCCUUUACAUCGACGACGCCGCUCGCCGAACAGUAUGAUCUCGUAGUAAUUGGCGGAGGGCCCGGUGGAUACGUGGCGGCGAUCAAGGCGGGUCAGCUGGGACUCAAAACGGCCUGUGUCGAAAUGCGGGGACGUCUCGGUGGCACCUGCUUAAACGUGGGAUGCAUUCCUUCCAAGGCGCUCUUGCAGAGUUCGCACCAUUACCAUGACGCCAAGACGCACUUUGCCGAUCACGGCAUUGUCAUUGACAACGUCAGUAUGGAUAUUGCCAAGAUGCAAACCGCCAAAGCAGCUUCGGUAGAAGCCCUCACGGGGGGGAUCGAAUACUUGUUCAAGAAAAAUAAUGUGGAAUACUUUAAAGGCAAAGGGUCUAUCAGCGGACCCAACGGGGUCAACGUGGAAUUGCUCGAUGGUGGCACUGAAUCCAUCGAUACCAAAAAUAUUGUGAUCGCAACGGGUAGUGAAGUCUCUCCCCUGCCACCCGUCCCGGUACAUAAUGCCGGAGGUAAGAUUGUUGAUUCAACCGGCGCUCUGGACAUUGAUAAGAUCCCCGAAACUAUGGCGGUCGUGGGAGGUGGCGUCAUUGGCCUCGAAAUGGGUUCCGUGUGGUCACGUCUCGGCACCAAAGUGACCGUGAUUGAAUUCAUGGACCGUCUUUGUCCCGCCAUGGAUAUUGAGCUCACGAAAAAGUUUCAAACAACGCUGAAAAAGCAAGGGUUUAAGUUUAACUUGAAGACUAAAGUCGUCAAGAGUGAAGUCGGAGAGAACGGUGUAACGCUGACGACGGAAAAAUCCAAGGGUGGUGGUGAAAAGACGGAAACCUUUGACAUUGUUUUGGUCGCCACGGGACGCCGGCCCUUCACCGAGGGUCUCGGACUGGAGGCGUUGGGCAUCGAACAGGACAAAUUGGGACGGGUUGUGGUAGACGCACACUUUCGUACGGCCGUACCCAGUAUCUACGCGAUCGGCGACUGCAUCAACGGCCCCAUGCUCGCACACAAGGCCGAAGAAGAAGGUAUUGCAGUUACCGAAACGAUUGCCGGAUUCGCCGGGCACGUCAACUACGACGCUAUUCCAGGCGUCAUUUACACUUACCCCGAAGUCGCCUCUGUUGGCAAAACGGAAGAAGAACUUAUAGAAGCUGGUAUCAAGUACAAUAAGGGAACUUUUCCCUUCUCCGCCAACAGCCGAGCCCGGGCUAACGGUUCCACUGAGGGACUCGUGAAAGUUUUGGCGGAUGCCGAAACGGAUAAGAUUCUAGGUGCACACAUUAUCGGACCCAACGCUGGUGAGAUGAUUGCAGAGGCCGUCAUCGCCAUUGAGUACGGAGCAUCCUCAGAAGAUUUGGCCCGAACCUGUCAUGCCCAUCCCACACUCAGUGAAGCCUUCAAGGAGGCCUGUAUGGAUACUUACGACAAGCCGAUUCAUUUUUAAAAAACGUGGAGCUGCCAACAACAUCGUAGCCACAUUUUCGUCGUACCAAAGGGUAGCGGAGGCUUUCAAAAGUGAUUUACAGUAAAUGCUUUGUUUUCACGAC